AGUUUUCGUUCGUCAACAGAGGCGCAUUUAAUUCGGAACGAAGUGCAAUAGUAAAAAGUCUAAGCAUAGCGUGGGACAAUAAAUAAAAUGCGUUUGUGGUUGAAUUUAGCGCUGCUGGCCAGCUUAACCCUGACAGUUUUGGGCACAAAACCUCCUCGCUGGGAUGCCAACUAUAUAGUGAAGGGUACGCUUUAUAUUCCAUAUGCUGAGAUCGCUGAACCCUUCUAUGCCUGGUAUGACAAGAAUACGCGACGUUCCCGCAUCGAUUAUUAUGGGGGCAUGGUCAAGACUUAUCAACUGGCUGGCGAGGGUCAAUUUGGUACUGCUUUGAAACUGACUCCAAUUACCACCAAGGAUGAGCUCAACAAAUUGAGUUGUCUGCUGGUGAACGGCACAGCCGAACAGCCCGUGCAAAUUCAAAGUAUUUUGCCAGAUGCGAAACCCUUUGAACUGAUUGGCACCGAAACCUUCUUGGGUUAUACGUGCGAUAAAUUCCGGCUGGAAUCGGUGAUUGGGCAGAAGAAGAACGUAUAUACGUUGUGGGUGCGCUACAAGAAGUCGCCACAUUAUCCGGCCAGUCGUAUGCCGAUUCCUGUGCGCUACGAGAUGCGUGGAUAUAAUACGCUGUUGGGCUCCCAUUACGAUCACUAUUAUCUGGACUAUGAUAGCUACGAGCAUGACGAUAUACCCAACGAGGUCUUCGAGAUCGAUGAGAGUUUGACUUGCACUGGUUUCCCGGGUCCCGGCACCGGUCACUUUGCCACCUUCAAUCCGAUGCACGAAUUCAUCGCCGGCAGCGAUAAGCAUGUGGAGAAGGCAUUCCAUCACUUCAAGCACAAACAUGGCAUCGACUAUAUCAAUGAUAAGGAGCACGAGCAUCGCAAGAACAUCUUCCGUCAGAACUUGCGUUACAUUCACUCCAAGAAUCGUGCUAAGCUGACCUACAAGCUGAGCGUUAAUCAUUUGGCCGAUAAGAGCGAUGAGGAGCUGAGAGCGCGUCGCGGCUACAAAUCAUCUGGUGGCUACAACACGGGCAAACCCUUUCCCUAUGAUGUCAAUAAGCACAAGGACGAGAUACCCUCCCAAUACGAUUGGCGCCUCUAUGGAGCUGUCAGUCCCGUCAAAGAUCAAUCGGUGUGCGGCUCGUGCUGGUCCUUUGGCACCAUUGGUCAUCUUGAGGGCGCAUUCUUCUUGAAGAACGGUGGCAAUCUGGUGCGUCUGUCGCAGCAGGCCUUGAUCGACUGCUCUUGGGGCUAUGGCAAUAAUGGUUGCGAUGGUGGCGAAGAUUUCCGUGUCUAUCAAUGGAUGAUGCAAGUUGGUGGCGUGCCCACCGAGGAGGAGUACGGGCCCUAUCUGGGUCAAGAUGGCUACUGUCAUGUCAACAAUGUAACACUCGUGGCACCCAUCAAGGGUUUCGUCAAUGUCACCGCCAAUGAUCCCAACGCCUUCAAGUUGGCCCUGCUCAAGCACGGUCCGAUCUCUGUGGCCAUUGAUGCCUCACCGAAAACAUUCAGCUUCUAUUCGCAUGGCGUCUACUACGAACCGGAGUGCAAGAAUGAUGUGGAUGGACUCGAUCAUGCAGUGCUGGCCGUUGGCUAUGGCACCAUCAAUGGCGAGGAUUAUUGGCUAGUGAAGAACUCUUGGUCCACCUAUUGGGGCAACGACGGUUAUAUUUUGAUGUCGGCUCGAAAGAACAACUGUGGCGUUAUGACCAUGCCCACCUAUGUGGAAAUGUAAUAGGUUAAUUUCCAUAAUUUGUAUUUUUUUUAUACUCGGCCUCACGAUGGGGGCCUUAAAUAUGCAAUAAAGCACCAAAUGUCAAUACACUUUUGUAA